AACCCAGGUUCAUCAACACCAUGGCACACUAGAAUCCUCGUCGCUCGUCGCUGGUCAGGUAGCUGCUGCUGAUAAUCCCUCUGCUAUGAGCAUCUAAUCCAUGGCUUCCACUGCUACUCACUCUCUCUACUUCCAUCCUAAGGUUUCACUUAGGUCACAAUCUGAACCUCGCGGCGGUCUUCUAUCCUUCUCAAAUGCUGCUUCCACGGCUUCGUUUUCUUCUACUCCUAGUAGAGUAAGAAGAGCAAGCUGUUCCAGGUCUAGGAGGAGUCUUCUUGUGAAGGCUGUCAGCGGCGGCUCUCAGAGGUCGUCCAAUGGCCGGAGAGCUUACCGGCAGUCUCAGGGAGACAGUGCGUUUUCUAACGCUCCUGUCCAAGUCCAGCAGAUUGCGUCGUCUAUUGUGCCUGCCGGCGCGUUUGUUGUGUUUACUUUCGUUUUGUGGAAAUUGGUGGAGAAAAUGAUGAUGCCAAAGCCGAAAAAGCAACCAUUGGUGGAAAAGAAGUCUCCCUCUACGGGAAUGAAUUGGUCUUUUGCUGCCGGAACUAAUUUAUUUCCUGGUCUCACUGCAAAGGUUGACAGAGAGUCUAAGCAGAAGCUCAAUGAAUUUGCCAAAGAACUUAGGUCGUUUGGCGCUGUUGACAUGUCAGGGUGUAACUUUGGAGAUGAAGGGCUAUUUUUUCUUGCUGAGAGCUUAGCAUACAAUCAGACUUUAGUGGAGGUGAGUUUUGCUGCAAAUGGAAUAACCGCAGAAGGAGUAAAAGCCUUUGAUCGAGUUCUUCAAUCAAACAUUGCAUUGAAGACACUUAACUUAUCUGGAAACCCUAUUGGAGAUGAGGGAGCUAAGAGUCUGUGCGUCAUAUUAGGAGAUAAUGCCGGUAUUGAAAAGCUCCAGCUGAACAGUACUGACUUGGGUGAUGAGGGUGCAAAAGCUAUUGCAGAUUUGUUGAAAAUAAAUUCAAAUAUUCGUGUGAUCGAACUUAACAACAACAUGAUCGACUAUUCUGGAUUUACAAGUCUGGCUGGAGCGUUUUUGGAGAAUGCAACUUUACGAAGUAUAUAUCUAAACGGCAAUUAUGGUGGUGCUUUGGGGGCUAAUGCUUUGGCUAAAGGACUUGAGGGGAACAAAUCUUUACGGGAACUUCACUUGCAAGGAAAUUCUAUUGGUGAUGAAGGAGUUCGUGUCUUGAUGUCAGGCUUAUCUUCAAGUAAAGCUAAACUUACCCAUCUAGACAUUGGAAACAACUCAAUCAGUGCGAAGGGAGCCUUUCAUGUUGCUGAAUAUCUUAAGAGAAGCAAGAGCUUGUUCUGGAUGAAUAUGUACAUGAAUGACAUAGGCGAUGAGGGUGCAGAAAAAAUUGCGGAUGCCCUAAAGCAGAACCGGAGUCUGGCAAAUAUAGACCUAGGUGGAAAUAACAUACAUGCCAAGGGUUUCAGUGAAAUAGCUAAAGUUUUGAAGGAUAACUCUAUCAUCACAACAUUGGAAGCUGGUUAUAAUCCUAUUGGACCUGACGGAGCCAAGGAUUUAUCGGAAGUUCUUAAGUUUAAUGGAAAUAUCAAAGUAUUGAAGCUUGGUUGGUGCCAGAUAGGAGCAAAAGGAGCAGAGAACAUCGCAGACACUUUAAAAUACAAUAACACCAUAUCCAUUCUAGACUUGCGAGGAAAUGGACUCAGAGAUGAAGGUGCAAUCUGCCUGGCUCGGAGCUUGAAAGUGGUCAAUGAAGUUCUCACUGAACUUGACUUAGGAUUCAAUGAAAUAAGAGAUGAUGGAGCUUUUGCUAUUGCUCAAGCACUCAAGGCUAACGAAGAUGUUAAGAUUACCUCUUUAAAUCUUGCAAAUAACUUCCUUACAAAAUUUGGACAGAGUGCUCUAUCUGAUGCAAGAGACCACGUAUACGAGAUGAAUGAGAAGGAAGUGAACAUUGUUUUCUAGAAGUGAAGAGCUGAAUUAGGGAUACAGGAAAAUAGCGUCUCAAAUGUUAAUGACAGGAGUAGCUAGUUCUUCUCCCUCCCCCCUACCCACACACGGCAAGUAUAGGUAAGAACUCAAACAGCAAAUUGUUUUUGAGCCAUAGCCAUUAAAUUAAGUUGAGCACUUGAGAAUUUUGAGAGAUCAUAUAGUUAGCUUCACCACUUUACAGUUUUAAGUCCUUGGAAGCAUUUUCCUGAAAUUUUUGUCUGAAUUUAGAUACAAGCUUUCUUGUUUUUGAUCAGUCUAUUGAUAGUAAUUGGUUGGCAAAA